GGCGGGCGCGCGCUGCGCAGCCCCGGAGGAGCGAGCGCCCUCCCACUCAGGCUAGUCGGAGCCCAACGGCUGCAGGGGUGGGUUUUGUAGGCUGAAAAGGACUGGCAAACGUUGGGGAGAAGGGCUCGAAACUCUGCUGGUGUCGGGAUCUGCGGCUUGGACAACACCGGCAAAGGAACUGAACCGGAAUUCUCCAUGCUGGAUAAUUUGGGUGCUGGCAUUAGUUUCAGGCCAGUGAAAAGCUGCUGGGGCUAGACCGUCAUGGGAGAGGCCAGUAGAGAUGAGUAUAAGAUCCAGUCUUUUGAUGCAGAAACACAGCAGCUGCUGAAGACCGCACUCAAAGAUCCAGGUGCUGUGGACUUGGAGAAAGUGGCCAAUGUGAUUGUGGACCAUUCUCUGCAGGACUGUGUGUUCAGCAAGGAAGCAGGACGGAUGUGCUACGCCAUCAUCCAGGCAGAGAGUAAGCAAGCAGGCCAGAGUGUCUUCCGUCGUGGGCUCCUUGACAGGCUUCAGCGGGAGUAUCAGGCCCGGGAGCAGCUUCGAGCCCGCUCCCUGCAGAGCUGGGUCUGCUAUGUUACCUUCAUCUGCAACAUCUUUGACUACUUGAGGGUGAACAACAUGCCCAUGAUGGCCCUGGUCAACCCUGUCUAUGACUGUCUCUUCCAGCUGGCCCAGCCUGAGAGUCUAAGUAGGGAAGAGGAGGUCGACUGUCUGGUGCUCCAGCUGCACCGGGUUGGGGAGCAGCUGGAGAAGAUGAAUGGGCAGCGCAUGGACGAGCUCUUUGUCCUAAUCCGGGAUGGCUUCCUGCUCCCAAUAGGCCUCAGCUCCCUGGCCCGGCUGCUGCUGCUGGAGAUCAUUGAGUUCCGGGCAGCUGGCUGGAAAACCACUCCGGCUGCCCAUAAGUAUUAUUACAGUGAGGUUUCUGACUGAGCUAGGCUCCACAUGUCUGUGGCUAUGCACACCUUCCUGUGACCCUCCUUUUAAGUUGGCCUCGUAGACCUUUCCAGACUCACCUUCCCUCACUCGGGAGUUGUGGAGAAAUCGAACAGACCUGGUCUUCCUCCAAGUCCUUUCAGCUUCUUUUUCCCACUUCUACCUGGGCCAGGCAGGGAAAGGCAACUCCUAACAACCACUGAACUGUGUAACCACUGCUGCAAUAAUACCUUGGUGCCUCAGUUUCCCCAUCUGUAAAAUGGGCAAUCAUAGCCAUUGGUGGGAUGCUUUGGGAUGUUAAGGGCAGAAAGAGUACAAAUUACAAGAGAAGUAGAGUGUUUUAUACAUUUUGUACAAAGACUACUGUGGAGAUAAGCCUGUGUACUCCAGUCAGUUUUCAUGAGUGACAGUGUCUCACCAGGUUGGAGGGGUUUCUAAUAAAUCUUUUCUGAAACCAAA